AUGUGGCUCGUCAUACAGCUGCAUUACGCAUACCGACUUUUGUUGUUACAUAUUGAUCGUCUGAUGGUUCUCGCGUUGGUGGAAGCGGAAGAUCGAUCCGUUCGUUGCUAUGUGGGCCACACCCACACUGUCUCCGCGUCAUCACAACAAACACCGGACAACCACUGCACACAACCGGGUCCAACCUCUCUUUACAACCCAAAGGUGCUUUUGGAGCCCAUGAAACCAUCAACUGUCGCGAGCUGCACAAUUGCAAACGAAUUUCUCAGGCGGCGCAUGCAACUUGAUCGAGACCCUACGACCCGGCGCCAUCGCAACAGCAGUCAGCGCGCCUGCCCAACAAGCUUCACAGUCGACGACACAUUGCCCCGAGAUCUGGAUCCGAUCAAGCCAGCCCAAAUCCAUCAGAAAGUCAAACGUGUUCGUUCAAGGAGAGUUCUAGACAUCGAGGAGGGCCACAGCCCUGAAAGGCAGCUGAAGGACGCGGCUCACAGCGCCCGCACAGCUACAGCAGAGCAGCACAGGAGGCCCAACAUGUGGAGACUUGGACUUGACCCCGAUCGCAGGAACAGCCCCCUAUUUGCAGUAAUGCGGAAAGAUCCUGAGCGAGCUUUACAGGAUAAGCAAAUUGCACAGCUUUCAUCGCCUCAGAGGCUGGACGACUGGGAAGGUGAUGAGUUGUCUGAUACGCAGGGAGGGGCACAGGAAUGGAUGGCCAGGACCGACCAUGAAUGUGCACAGGAGACAACUCCGGAUCAUUGUUGCAGUUGCUUGCCAGCAAUGGAAGACGACGGUGACAGUAACGAAGAUCAUGCUAGAAGUCGCAAGCCAAACAGAGCCGAUAUUGGGGUGGGUCAAGCCCCGACAUUUGGCAAGUCAGCGUCGCCGACGUCAGAUACGACACUGUGCGAAAGCAAUGCCAGUCCACCACGUAGCCAAGUCAAGACUAGUUGCAGCCCUUGGGAUCAUGCGCACCCCAAUGGAGCCACGUAUGAUCAGGUCGUUUUUGCUGAAGCGGCACAAUUCGAGAGGGAAGAAAACCAUACUCCCACGCCUGUGCGAAGACGUUGGGCACGGCAUCAGCGCAAAUUGUCGACCGAAUCAUUGAUCCCUGCGCGGACACCAACUCCAUUGCGCGCAAGAGCUCGAACAAAUGAUGGCUUAUUACAACUCAAGGCAAACACCACACACGAUUCAAACAUCCAAACUGGUGCAAGACAAAGACAUCGGCGCAAGAUCUCAUUGAAGAUUCCAAUCAAUACGCCCAUACGACGAGCCGAGACUGUCGAGCACCCCAACCAGAGCACUUGGAACGGAUCGCCCCACCGUGCGGUUGUAACCGCCCAUAAAAUAUCGCGGCCGCUCACGCAUGAAGAGCGAGAGCUGGAGUACAAGCACCGACACACCUUCAUUGGCGUCACAUCCCUUGACGACUUCUUAGAGGCCCUAGAAGUGAGCUCGACGCAUACGACAACGAAAGAAGCCGUAGCCAAAGGGUUCAUAUCCCUGGCACAUAACGAGCAAAUGCUCGCGCGAUCCAGUUCGACCAGGACAGAAGGAUGGGAGCUAGUCCCCAGGGUCACGCCAGACACCUCCAGCAUUGACUACGUUGCACAAUUGCAGGUCAAGCUCGGCUCGAUUACAUUACGCCACUUUCUCGACAUGAUACCUUUUGAUAGCAAGGACGAAGUCAGCGCGCUGCAUGUGGUCGAGGCAUUUUCGGCCGCCAGUCACUUGGAUGCCCAGGCUGGCGUCGGUACGGGUCGCAAGGCAAAAGCUUUCCGCACUUGGAUGGUCACGCAGGCUCACCAUGUGGUAUGA